GUGUUUCCCUCAGGUCCACUCGUUCCUCAUCACCAACCUGGCCCUGGGUGACCUCUGCAUGGGCCUCUACCUCCUCAUCAUCGCCGCCGUGGACGUGACUUACCGCGGCGUCUACUUUAUCUACGACGUGCAGUGGCGGAGCUCACCCCUCUGUCAGCUGGCCGGUUUCCUCUCCACCUUCUCCAGCGAGCUCUCCGUCUUCUCGCUGACUGUCAUCACGGUGGAGAGGCUGGUGGUCAUCGUGUUCCCCUUCCAAGUGCCGCGCCUCUCCAUGGCCUGGACCCGCGGCAUCAUGGGCGUGGUGUGGGCGUGCGUCACCCUCCUGGCCGCCCUGCCCCUGUCCGACAUCCCCUACUUCAGGAACUUCUACGGGCGGUCCGGCGUGUGUCUGGCGCUGCACAUCACGCACGAGAAGCCUAGCGGGUGGCAGUACUCCGUCUUCGUGUUCCUGGUCCUCAACCUCGCGUCCUUCUCCGUCAUUGCGCUGUCCUACUGGCGGAUGUACCUCGCAGCCCGAACCUCCCGCGCCGCCGUCCGCAGCGACCUGCACCGCCGCGAGUCCAUCAUGGCCCGCAAGAUGACGCUGAUCGUGGUGACGGACGCCGCGUGCUGGCUGCCCAUCAUUCUGCUCGGCGUUGUGUCCCUCGCAGGCGUCACCAUCCCGCCGCAGGUGUUCGCGUGGGUGGCGGUGUUCGUGCUGCCCCUCAACGCGGCCAUCAACCCCCUCCUGUACACGCUCAGCACGGCGCCGUUCCUCAGCAAGGCGAGACAGCGCGCGAGGGACGUGAGGACUUCCUUCAGGUGGUCGCUCUCUCGACGGGCCACAACCACCACCUCCACCUCCUUGGACAGACAGGACAGUGGUGCUCCUCAGGCCUUAGCGGUGAUCCCCACGGCCCGCACCUCGCCCUCCGCCUCCUCCACCCUUCCCCCACACGGAGCCCUUUCCUGCCCCGCCCCCCACCACCACAGCCUCCAGGCGGGCAAUGGGUGCUGCCUCGACCGCUCCCAUUCUCUUCGCGGGACGGAAUCUACAAG